AUGUUGUCAACGAAAGAGUCGUUCAUUUCGCUGGGCAGUGGUGGUAAGGGUGUUGGACUGUGGAUUGACGAGGAGUUGUUCUAUGGUAGUUCCAACCGAUGCGAAACAUUCAACAAUGAUAUCCUCGCGCACAGCUCCGACUUUAAACUCAUCGAUCUAGAGGUGUGGUCGCCCGUCCUCAAAAAGAGCGACAAAGUCAAACAAACAAAUGCUACCGACUUUUUCGGAACCACCUACACCUAUAAACCUCCACCAAGAAGAUUCAACGCUUUUGUAUCAGCAGACACCGCAACAACAACAACAAUUGUUUCACCAACAGACAGUUUGGUUCAUUAUGUUGGAAGAUUUGAUAAAGGUCAAUCCGAUCAGUACUAUGGAUUUUCGUGGAGUGGCUGUCAGAUAAUAGUCAAUAUAACGGGUACUACUCAGAUCGGUGUAGUUUUGAACUCUCAGCUACCCAAUUGGUUCGAUAUAUACAUCGAUGGUAGUUUGUAUUACAGACCUUUCAAUGUGAGUGCAGCACCACCACAGCAACAACAGAUAGCAUUGGUCGACAAUCUAGAUAGCAGCAAAACCUAUGUUAUCUCGAUAUCGAAGCGUACGGAAGCAGAGUUUGGUGAAGUUAGAUUCUAUGGUUUCUCAGUCGAUCCAACUUACUCUUUGAAUCGUUACAAUCCACCUACCACUCGUAAAUUUGAAUUCAUUGGCGACAGUAUUGCAACUGGUUAUGGUGACAUGGGUAAAUCACCAUGUUCAUUUACAGAAUCUACUGAAAAUGUUGAUUUGUCAUUCGCAGCAGUCAUUACAAAUGAAUUGUUGGGUGAAAUGAAUAUGGCGGCAUGGCAAGGAAAAGGUGUUAUUAAAAACUAUGGUUCUUCGACACCGACCUCUACAGAAACACUACCGGAUCUAUAUCCUUUCAUUUUGCCAUUGUCAGACAACUCUAGCUAUUGGAAUCCAACUGAAUUCGUACCGGAUGUUCUGGUGGUGAAUUUGGGUGCCAACGACUAUACCGAUCCACCUUAUCCAACACAACAACAGUUUGAGUCAACGUUCAUUUCAUUUAUCAAAGUGAUACUCGCCGGCUAUUAUCCUUCACAGCCGAAACUCUUUUUCAUUUGUGGUGUUAUGAUUGGUGAUCCCGUUACCUGUACCUACACAGAGAACGUCGCCAAUGUCUUCAAUGCAACUUAUAUCGACAUGCCCAACAUUCAAGAUAGCUCCUCUGAUUUCGGUUGUGAUGGACACCCUACUGUUAGUGCUCAUGCUCAUAUGGCAGCAAUUGCAAUUCCAAUCAUAAAGCAAAAGUUCACUCAUUAA